CGAAAUAUCGACGGAAAGUUAAACAAUCCCUGGAUCGAGGUAUGUCUUUACUCAAAGAAAGUAGCUGAUAAGUCUCCGUAUGGAUGGAAAACCGUCGUAGAAUACAAACACCACGACUUGGCGGAGGACGAGGAGGAUGAAAAGAAAAUCUGCAGAGCAGAGGCUCGGGCUGGAAAAGCCUCGAAGCGUUCCGCUACACGUUCUUUUGGUUCACAGCGUGGUGGUUCAGGGCUGCCUACCUCACGGAAUUCACAACUUGGGGUUGCUCAGCUUCCCAGUCCAUUAACUCGAGUUGACUCACAGCCUUCCGUUAAUAAAUUUAGUGGUCUCUGUUUUUCUAGCGGCAAACCUGGUCACUGGAGAGCUGCCUGUUCGAACACUCCUUUUGCUACUGCUUUUCAGAGUGAUGAGUCGGGAGAGAUUCCCAAGAUCAUGGUGUAAUCAGUUCUGUUUAAUCUCGCUUUAAUUCAGAUCGAUUGAUGAAAUUUUCUUGCACUUUUCUUCUUUUUUGUUUUUUCUUUUGUUUUUAUUCCACAUUAUUUGGUGACAAUUAAUUAAUUUUUUCUUCUAUUGUUUAUUUUGCAUCUUGUAGAUUUAGAAUCGGAAGGCGUUGCCAAGGUCGGAUUCUGACGCCCUCUUUUCGGAGGAUUCAUUGUUGUCUUAUGAGUUUAAAUCGAACGAUGUUGCUGUUUCUGUUAGAGGCAGAUUGCGCAAAUCAUUUCAGUUCUGGAAAGACAUUGACGCGCCUCGCUUCAUUACCGACACCAUUGAAUUUGGCUAUAAGUUGCCACUUCUUCAUCGAUCUUCAAUUUCCUCCACCUUUUGUUGCGAAGAACAAUAAGUCAGCAAUUCAAGAAUCUGCCUCUGUUGAGAGUGCUGUUAGUGAGCUUUUAAGUUUGGCGUGUAUUUCGGAGGUAUUCAUACCUCCAGCCGUGUUAAACCCAUUAUCCGUUUCCAUUCAGAAGUCAGGGAAAAAACGCUUGGUUUUGGAUCUUCGUCAUGUCAAUCAGUAUCUCUUUUAAGUCCAAUUUCAGAUGCGAAGACGUAUCUACCGCAGGGGAACUGUUGAACGCUGGGGAUUUCAUCUUUUCCUUUGAUUUGAAAUCUGGCUACCACCACGUAGAGAAUUUUCCAGGGCAUAGGCAAUAUUUCUCCUUUUCUUGGACUUUUUCAUCCGGUCACACUAGACAUUUUCAUUUCGAAGUCUUGCCCUUUGGCAUCAGUUCCGCGCCCUAUUUAUUUACAAAAAUUCUAAAGCCGCUUGUUAAGAAAUUGAGAUCAGAGGGGAAGUCGAUAAUUGUCUCUUUAGAUGAUGGCCUGGGUUCUGCUGCUGGUUAUAUCAAAGCUAAAAUCGCCAAUUUGGAUGUUCACUCUGAUUUGUUGAAGUCCGGUUUUAUUCCAAACGGAGAAAAAUCCAUUUGGGAUCCAACUCACGUGAUCGCUUGGCUUGGAACUGUUAUUAACACUUCUGAAUGCAUUAUCUUCGCGACGGAUAGGAGAAUUCAAUCCCUGACGGAAGAUUUAUUGUAUCUUCUGGCGUCUCAUGGCUCCCUUUACCAGGUUCGCAAGCUCGCUAGUGUGUGUGGUAAGAUUAUCUCCCUUGGGAACUGUACCGGGAGUGUAACUAGGCUUAUGACCAGAAAUACCUUCGGUGUUCUUAAUUCUGCC